AUGGUGGAAGCACCUAAAUUCAUCGGAUUCAUGGCUGGCGGCGUCCGGAACGACCACGACGCGACGAAGGGCAUCUUCGAUCUGGAGUUCUACGAGGCACUCGGGGAGGGAUCCAACAUGUCCAUCCACAGCAUGUGGAACCUUCAAACCGGCAUGGGAUGCGGUACCGUCGUCAUGCCAGCGGAUAACAGUAGCGUCGGGUCCAACAGCUCCCAGCGUACGCCUAUGCUCUAUUACCCAGGGACCCACCCUGUUCCCGUCGACUCCUCCGCAGGGCACAGCGUCCUCCGCCAGGGUGGUAGAGCAUCCCACAACCUUGAUGACGACGCCCUGGCUCGGGCCUUCCUGGACGAACGGUACCCCGCAGAGGGUUUGGAGAACUACGACGAGUGGACCAUCGAUCUGAGGAAGCUGAACAUGGGCAUGCCCUUUGCGCAGGGGGCCUUUGGGAAGCUCUACAAGGGCACGUACAGCGGGGAAGAAGUGGCAGUCAAGCUCCUGGAGCGGACCGUGGAUGACCCCGGGAAGGCGCACCUGAUGGAGCAGCAGUUUGCCCAGGAAGUGAGGAUGCUCGCCACGCUACAGCACCCGAAUGUGGUCCGCUUCAUAGGGGCGUGCAGGAAGCCGAUGGUAUGGUGCAUCGUCACAGAGUUCGCCAGAGGCGGCUCGGUCAGGCAGUUCUUGGGGAGACGAGAUAACCGGUCUGUUCCGCUGAAGAUGGCUGUGAAGCAGGCUCUGGAUAUUGCUCGGGGUAUGACCUACGUGCAUAGCCUGGGAUUCAUCCACCGGGACCUCAAGUCAGACAACCUCCUCAUAUCCUCGGAUAAGUCGAUCAAGAUCGCUGAUUUUGGAAUGGCCCGCAUCGAAGUGCAGUCAGAGUGGAUGACGCCAGGGACUGGAACUUAUCGUUGGAUGGCACCGUAAGUUAAAUUCUCCCACCUCCUCCUCCCCUCCCUCUCCCCCUCCCUCGGCGUUUUAAUGGACGAAUGGAUGGGUGUCCUCCCAGAUCCACCACCGACAUUAGCUAGAAAUCUUGGAUAGUCUUUCUGCCUCAUAUGUUAAUUAGCCUGGACUAUUCUCAACUAAUAAACAUUAACAAAAAAAAAAAAAAAAAAAAAAAAACGGAUGUCCAUCGGCCGGCAACCUUAUCCAGAUUUGUGGGAAAAGGCUUCUUUCUUGAUGAUGGCCACAGUUAUACGCCAAAUCCUACGUGGUUUCGAUUUUGUGAGGCGACCGUCAAGGUGAAUCCCAUAUUUUUCUAUUGUAAAAGCUUUCAUCAUUUCGUGCUCUUCAGAUAACAUUAGAUCGCUCCGCCUGUUUCUCUCGCAGCAAAGUGGUUUCAAUGAUCUUUGGCUUUAGAUCAUGGUCAUAAUCAAGUAUGCCUGGAAUUAUUUUUUAUUUUUUAUGUUUUGCUGCUAUCAUACGCCUUUCACAUUUCAAUCUCUUGCUUCUGCACUGGGGUUUAUCUUUUCUGAACCCUCGGUCUUGCUGGUAUUUAUGAGCGAUAAAUGGUUUGUCAAGUUUCCCUAGGAGUGUUGUACUCCUGAAUUCUCGCAAAAUCUCUCUCUCUAUAUAUAUAUAUAGAUGUCUGUAUGUAGGUUGGCUACUAUUCUGUGUGACGGAGAAAUAAUACUCCUUCCGUGGCUGAACCGUUUGAACUUGAUGGCAGAGAGAUGAUCCAGCACAGACCCUACACGCAGAAGGUGGACGUUUAUAGCUUCGGCAUCGUCCUGUGGGAGCUCAUCACCAGCAUGCUCCCUUUCCAGAACAUGGCGCCCGUGCAGGCGGCCUUCGCCGUCGUCUACUUGGGGAUCCGACCGGCCAUCCCCCAGGAAUGCCCGCCGGUGCUGGCGGAGAUCAUGUCCCGCUGCUGGGACGUUGACCCGGAUGUCCGCCCGCAUUUCACCGAGAUCGUGGAGAUGCUCGAGAAGGCGGAGGCAGAGCUGCUGACAGCGGUGCGGCGAGCGCGGUUCAGAUUCUGCAUGUCCCAACCCAUGACGACGGACUGA